UUGUGUACACACAACAGUAAGGCCGCCAUUUUGUCUGUACCUCGCCGUAACCAACAGUGUGUAAAGAUAUCUGCGUACAGUUGAUGCCAAAACGUGACUGCAAUGGAGGCUGACGAUUAUACCGGUCACAUUCUUGACGAACACCAAGAAAUCUGCGUCCUGAUCAACAAGCUCAGGAAGGCUGCCAGCGAGGACCAAAGUAGACCCAAGAAGAAAGCCCAAACAGAAAAGUCGGUUCACCAAAGAGCCAUGGAUCACUUCCUAAACUUCCGCCCGACCCCUGGCAUAAUGACGAUAGACGAGGAACACCACGAGAUCCUCCGUCUCGUGAGCGAGCUGAAGAAGAUGUGUCGCUCGUACGACUCCGCCCUGACGCCGGAGAGACCGACGGAGGAGGACGUCUGGAAGCUACGGUCAGACGAUCCGAUGGACGAUGAUGACCCUGGACCGGGCUACGAGAAGAUUAGGGAGAGAAGACGCCCUCUCUAUGACACUGUGAAACUCCCCAAAGAGGAUCUCUGUCAUCACUGCAACGAGCCAGUCUCUGAACAAGGUUUAUCUUUGUUUUCCAAGACGUGGUGCGAGGACCAUCUGUUUUGUGCCUUUUGUAACGACGAGCUGUCCCUUGAGUUUUUGUUCCUUGAAAUCGACCUGCGGCCAGUCUGUGCGAGAUGCUACAUGGUUGCAGAGAAAGGACGUGGAGGACGUGGCGAGGUGAAGAAAUCCUCAACCUUGGAGAGAAUGAAGUCCACCGGAUCGGCCAGCGGUGUCAAAAGGUCUAACAGCCUUGUACGGAGCUUUAGAAAGAAUGCUAAGAAGGUCCACCUGCCUGGUACUUUACUUAGGUCUGGGCAGGAAUCAGAAGAAGUGGCUAUAGGAGAGGUCAAUCCUUUGUCAGAUGACGAGUUCCUAUGGAGGGAGUCUGACGGUUGACAACAAUAUUUUUACACACAUAGGUGUCAAGAACAUGACACGAGUAUGUAAAGAGUAUGUAAGAAGGAC